GUCGCGCACGUGUUGAUUCAUUUUGUCCCGAAUCGAAAGUCCCUCAAAGCCAAAAGCCGAGCCGGUAACAUCUGUUUUUGCGCUCUACGCAAAGGAUGCGAACGCUGCUCCUGCGUAGUGUGUUGUUUCUUCAAUCCCAGCAAGUUCGGAAAAUCGUCGCAACGAAUUGUGAGACAACAACAAUUAUGGCCAGUGCAAGUCAACCAGAUGGUGAUCCGCCGCUUCGGUAUCGAGUGGAAGCCAAAUGUUCAACAACGAAAGCCCGCGUCGGUGUGAUGAGCUUGAGGCACAGUGAUGUUGAUACACCGGUGUUUAUGCCGGUUGGAACGCAGGGUACCUUGAAAGGAUUACUGCCGGAUCAGAUACUUGAUCUGGGGUGUCAGAUAAUGCUAGGGAACACCUACCAUCUAGGGAUGCGUCCUGGAACGGAGGUGCUGAAAAAAGUUGGCGGGUUGCAUAAGUUCAUGGGAUGGCCAAAGGCGCUGCUGACCGAUUCUGGCGGUUUCCAAAUGGUUUCACUGUUGCAGCUGGCGGAGAUAACCGAAGAAGGGGUAAAAUUUGAAUCGCCGUACGACAAGAGCCAAUCCAUGCUAACUCCGGAGCGGUCGAUGGAGAUCCAGAACGCUAUCGGAGCGGAUAUAAUGAUGCAGUUGGACGAUGUGGUGAAGACUACAACCACCGGGCCAAGAGUGGAGGAAGCGAUGCACAGGACGAUUCGCUGGCUGGAUCGAAGCAUAUCGGCCCAUGCAAGGGACGACGAGCAAAGCAUUUUUCCAAUUGUGCAGGGGGGGCUGCAGCCUGAAUUGAGGAAGAUUUGCGCGGCAGAAUUGGCCAAAAGAAAUACACGAGGAUACGCUGUAGGGGGGCUGAGUGGCGGUGAAAGUAAGGAUGAGUUUUGGAAGACGGUGCAUCUGUGCACGGAUCUUUUACCGGAGAACAAACCUCGCUAUCUGAUGGGCGUUGGGUUUGCCGCGGAUUUGGUUGUUUGUGUGGCACUGGGAAUCGAUAUGUUCGAUUGUGUUUACCCGACUAGAACGGCAAGAUUUGGAUGUGCCUUGACGCGACGAGGACAAAUGAAUUUGAAGCAGCAGAGCUUCAAAACCGAUAUGAGACCUAUCGAUGAGACGUGCGACUGUUCGACGUGCAAAAGUUACACUCGGUCGUAUUUGCAUCACAUCGUAACGAUAGAACCGGUUGCUUGCAGCAUUAUUAGUAUUCACAAUGUUGCAUUUCAGCUCAAACUGAUGAACGAAAUGCGAGAGCAUAUAAAAGCCGACACCUUCCCACAAUUUGUCGAAUCCUACAUGAAGGAACGUUUCUCAGAUGAACAAAUACCCCAAUGGAUUGUGGAUGCAUUAGCUGCAGUUAAUAUUCAACUUUGAAUUUUAUUCUUCGGCAUUCAUAUUUAUUAGUAUUUUUCGACUGUAAGGUAAUUGUCGUUAUUUGAGUUUGAUACAGUUCCCAUUCAAAUGUACUUAGUCGCGUACAGGUUGAAAAAAAGUUUACGAUAAUAAUUUAUAAUCCUUCCCACCAA